CUACUGAAAAAAUGAGUGGAAUUUUGAUCGGUGUGAUCGCUGGGGUGACGAGUAUAACGAUCCUUGGGAUCGGUUUAGGUAUCGGGUUCGGUAUCCGGUAUCUGUGCAGAACACGUGGGGAUUACUAUACCCAGGAGGACGAGGGGAACAGGAACGCCGACGAUGCCGACACAGCUGUGCUCUGCAGUAAGACAGGUCUUCACACGGUCCAGAAGAAGAAGGAGUGGUUCAUCUAGAUUUGUACUUAGUUAUGAAACAUCCCUGAUGCAAAGAGUGGUUUUUAAACGAACUAUUUUCCAUGCUCUGCUCAAAUCUACCGACUCAGAGUGUGGAUUAUGUUAUACUAAAUACAAUGCUAUGCUCAGAUCUACUGAUUCAGAGUGUGGAUUAUGUUAUACUAAAUACCAAGCUCUGCUCAGAUCUACCGACUCAGAGUGUGGAUUAUGUUAUACUAAAUACCAUGCUCUGCUCAAAUCUACCGACUCGGAGUGUGGAUUAUGUUAUACUAAAUACAAUGCUCUGCUCAGAUCUACCGACUCAGAGUGUGGAUUAUGUUAAACUAAAUACCAUGCUCUGCUCAGAUCUACCGACUCAGAGUGUGGAUUAUGUUAUACUAAAUACCAUGCUCUGCUCAGAUCUACCGGCUCGGAGUGUGGAUUAUGUUAUACUAAAUACCAUGCUCUGCUCAGAUCUACCGACACAGAGUAUGGAUUAAGUUAUACUAAAUACCAUGCUCUGCUCAAAUCCCUACCUGGAAAUAUUGUAUCGAGUGUAUCUGAUGCUAAGAUUUGACACCUAAUCGCAUUUCUUCUUUACGAUACUGAGAUCCCGCAUACAGAAAGUGGUGCAAGAACCUUAUCUUAUUCUGAGCUCAAACGCAUAUCCGGAUACAGAGAUUUCGCCUCAUGCAGAUCCCAUGGCUCUCCAUAGAAACUUUAAGUGAAUGUAGAAUUAUUAGAUCUCCUUCUCUUCUGAGGACUUUAAACUGAUACAAAAAUAUGGUUAUUUUUGAUCUUAUUAAACCCAAAACCUUAUCCAGACUUUAAAAGAUGUUUCUCUAGAUCUCAGCUGGGACUCUUCUAUAGCCAAUAUAUAUUUAGUAGAUUUGUUAGAUUUCAGUCAUAAAAAGUGAAUGAUUCUUUUUAUCCUCAGCUCCAGCUCAAAACCAUAUCCAGAUAUAAGAAGAGUUCAUAUUUAUCCUAGUCUCAGCUCCAGCUGAGAACCAUAUAUAGAUAUUAGAGGAGUUCAUAUUCAUCCUAUUCUUAGCACCAGCUCAGAUCCAUAUUUUGAUAUUAGAAGAGUUCAUAUUUAUCCUAUUCUCAGCUCAGAUUAAUCACAUCCAAUGCUUCCAAGAUUUAAAGACGAAUGCAGUGCAGUGGACACAAAAUCUUAUAUUCAUAACUAAGGAAGAUAAACCAGAAACCUCCAUAUCUGUAGUUCUCAGCCAGAAUUUAAAGAGAGAAUCAUUUAUCGAAACUCCCGAGUUUCCUUUUUGGGGUCUAUACAUUUGCGUAGAUUUUAAUUUAAGAAAUCAGAAAACAAAAA